UCAGUCCAACGUGGUCCCUUCACCCGGGCUCCGCUCUGGCCUUCUCCACACUUGUUUGAUAUAUGAGGAAUCCAAGAUGAAUUUGGAGCAGGAGAGGCCAUUUGUCUGCAGUGCCCCAGGCUGCUCCCAGCGCUUUCCAACAGAGGACCAUCUGAUGAUUCAUAGGCACAAGCAUGAAAUGACUUUGAAGUUUCCCUCGAUAAAAACAGACAAUAUGUUAUCAGAUCAGACUCCGACCCCAACGAGAUUCCUGAAGAACUGCGAGGAGGUGGGCCUCUUCAGUGAACUGGACUGUUCCUUCCAGCAUGAGUUCAGGAAAGCUCAGGAAGAGGAAAGCAGCAAGCGGAAUAUUGCGAUGCAUAAUACAGUUGGUGGGGCCAUGACCGGGCCUGGAACUCAUCAGCUGGGCAAUACCCGGAUGCCCAACCACGACACCAGCGUUGUCAUUCAGCAAGCCAUGCCUUCGCCUCAGUCCAGCUCGGUCAUCACGCAGGCACCUUCUACCAACCGCCAAAUUGGGCCUGUUCCAGGCUCUCUAUCUUCUCUGCUUCAUCUCCACAAUAGACAAAGACAGCCCAUGCCGGCUUCCAUGCCUGGGACGCUGCCCAACCCUACGAUGCCAGGCUCUUCUGCUGUCUUAAUGCCAAUGGAGAGACAAAUGUCUGUGAACUCCAGCAUCAUGGGGCUGCAAGGUCCCAACCUCAGCAAUCCCUGUGCUUCUCCGCAAGUCCAGCCAAUGCACUCCGAAGCCAAAAUGAGGUUGAAGGCUGCCUUGACUCACCAUCCUGCUGCCAUGUCAAACGGGAACAUGAACACCAUGGGACACAUGAUGGAGAUGAUGGGCUCCCGGCAGGACCAGACGCCGCACCAUCACAUGCACUCACACCCACAUCAGCACCAGACACUACCCCCCCACCACCCCUAUCCACACCAGCACCAGCACCCCUCCCACCACCCCCACCCACAGCCCCAUCACCAGCAGAGCCACCCGCAUCAUCACUCCCAUUCCCAUCUUCAUGCACACCCAGCACACCAUCAGACCUCGCCACACCCACCCCUGCACACCGGCAACCAAGCACAGGUUUCACCAGCCACACAACAGAUGCAGCCCACCCAGACAAUACAGCCGCCCCAGCCCACAGGGGGUCGCCGGAGAAGGGUGGUGGAUGAAGAUCCUGAUGAGAGGCGGCGGAAAUUUCUGGAAAGGAACCGGGCAGCUGCCACGCGUUGCAGACAGAAGAGGAAGGUCUGGGUGAUGUCACUGGAAAAGAAAGCAGAAGAACUCACCCAGACAAACAUGCAGCUUCAGAAUGAAGUGUCUAUGUUGAAAAACGAGGUGGCCCAGCUGAAACAGUUGUUGUUAACACAUAAAGACUGCCCAAUAACAGCCAUGCAGAAAGAAUCACAAGGAUAUUUAAGUCCAGAAAGUAGCCCUCCUGCAAGUCCUGCCCCGGUGUGCUCACAGCAGCAAGUCAUCCAACAUAACACCAUCACGACUUCCUCUUCUGUCAGCGAGGUGGUGGGAAGCUCUACGCUCAGUCAGCUUGCCACGCACAGAACAGACCUGAAUCCCAUCCUUUAAAAUGCACGGGUUAGACUUCGCCUCCAAGAAGAGCUAUAGCAUUUACCACGCAUCCUUUUCUUGUAAGGGCAUUUUUAGAAUUAACUCCAACCUGGAAGACGCCUCAGCCCU